AUGGUGAAGAAACGAGAAUCGAAGCAGCGCACUCGCGGCAAGUCGUUCAUCGAGUGGUGCACGGAGAACGGCGAGCGGGGCGAGCGGCUCGCCAACGAGUUCAAAGACCCUGACAAGUUGCCGACGGAGGUGUGUAAAGCGUCGACGUACAAGGCGCUGUGGAAGUGUCUGAAGUGCAAGCAUGCGUGGAGGGCGAUGGUGUGCAACCGCACGAAGAGCGACACACCCACCGGGUGUCCGAAGUGCGCAAAACAUGCGUCGGCGAGCAAGAUCAAGAACUUCCUCGUGUGGUGCGAGAAGAACGGCGAGCGCGGGAAGAAGCUCCUGAAGGAAUACGUCGACCCGGAUAGGAAGCCGACUUCGGUGACGAAAGCGUCGCACUACAAGGCGCUGUGGAAGUGUCUGAAGUGCAAGAACGCGUGGAGGGCGAUGGUGUGCCACCGCACGGACAGCGACAGACCCACCGGGUGUCCGAAGUGCGCGAGUUGCGCGCCUCUGAGCAAGACCAAGAACUUCCUCGUGUGGUGCGAGAAGAACGGCGAGCGCGGGAAGAAGCUCCUGAAGGAAUACGUCGACCCGGAUAGGAAGCCGACUUCGGUGACGAAAGGGUCGCACCACAAGGCGCUGUGGAAGUGUCUGAAGUGCAUGCACUCGUGGAGGACGAAGGUGCACAACCGCACGGACAGCGACAAGCCCACCGGGUGUCCGAACUGUAACAAACGAGGUCGCAAAGGAAAGCGCCGCCGCGACGACUAA